AAGAAGAAAGAAGCUUGUGUGCCUGUUAUCCCUCGGAUUCAUAUGCUCACUCUUUGCUUUUCCUGCCAUUUUGCGCCUCGACUCAACCAUGUCUCUGUUGAAGUCCGGCAAGGUGAUCUCCAGUAUUGGGACUUUCUCCCCGUCCCUGGGAGUUUUGUCUACACGUAACAGUUCAUGGUGGGGUGGAGUGCAGAUGGGCCCCCCUGACCCCAUCCUGGGCGUGUCAGAGGCCUUCAAGAGGGACACCAGUCCGAAGAAGAUGAACCUGGGGGUGGGGGCCUACAGGGACGACCACGGCAAACCAUUUGUGCUCGAUUGUGUCCGUAAGGCAGAGGCUCUGAUUUCUUCCAAGCAGUUGGAUAAGGAGUAUCUGGCCAUCGGUGGUCUGGCGGACUUCACCAAGUCCUGCGCUCUGCUAGCCCUGGGGGCUGACAGUGAGGUCCUCAAGAGUGGCAGGAACAUCACUGUCCAGACCAUCUCAGGAACCGGCUCACUGUGCAUCGGAGCCAACUUCCUGUCUCGUUUCCACAGUGCGUCCCGUGACGUGUACCUGCCCAAGCCAUCCUGGGGGAACCACACACCCAUCUUCAGAGAUGCUGGCAUGCAGCUGAAAGCCUACCGCUACUACGACCCCUCUACCUGCGGCUUCGACUUCAACGGGGCGCUCGAUGACAUCUCUAAAAUGCCAGAGAAGAGUGUGAUCAUGCUGCAUGCCUGUGCCCAUAACCCCACCGGUGUGGACCCCAAACCUGAGCAGUGGAAAGAGAUCGCUGACCUAGUGAAGAAAAGGGACCUGUUGGUGUUCUUUGACAUGGCCUACCAGGGCUUUGCCAGUGGAGAUAUUGAUCGUGAUGCCUGGGCUGUUCGUCACUUCAUCGAGCAGGGCCACAACAUUAUCCUGUCGCAGUCGUUCGCUAAGAACAUGGGCCUCUACGGUGAGCGAGUGGGAGGGUUCACUGUGGUGUGUAACGAUGCCGAGGAAGUUAAGAGGGUGGAGUCUCAGCUGAAGAUUCUGAUCCGGCCAAUCUACUCCAACCCUCCAAUGAAUGGAGCCAGAAUCGCUGCCACUAUUCUCAAUACACCAGACCUUUAUAAAAUAUGGUUGGGGGAGGUCCACGGCAUGGCCAACCGCAUCAUCAAGAUGAGGGAGCAGCUGGCGGCCAACCUGAAGAGUGAGGGCUCCAAUCACAACUGGCAGCAUGUCAUCGACCAAAUAGGCAUGUUCUGCUUCACAGGCCUCAAGCCUGAACAGGUUGAGCGUCUGACUAAGGAGUUUUCAGUAUACAUGACCAAAGAUGGUAGAAUCUCCAUGGCAGGUGUCACCUCCGGUAACGUGGGAUACCUAGCGCAUGGAAUCCACGCUGUCACUAAGUAAAAAGGAGAGUGCUGGGAGAAACAGUGGGGCACGGUGGCGCUGGACACAAUCCUUAACAAAAUAAUAAUGCCCACUCCACCCACCCCUUACAGAGGAGCUGGACAUUCUUUAAGACUGUAAAUUGUUCAACUUUGACCUCAACAACGAGGCCACCAUGUCAAAGGUUGUUUAGUGAUGGUCCAAUGAUCUGCCCUACAUUUGACAAAAGGUCUGAUGUCUGUCUUCUACGCUUAUUUAUUAUAUGUCAAAGUUUAAUAUUAAUGAACUUAAUAAAGGGCUUAAUAAUGACAGGUUAAUAUUCUCUUUUAAACCUGCUCUGCCUGCUGUGGUCCAAAUUGCUGUCAGGCUACAGAUGAGUUCACCAACACUUAGGUUCUGUUGUGUGUAUGAACUGUGAACUCUUGUGUCAUUGCAUAUUUUAUGUAGGAUGUGGAAGUUAAACUUUGCCUCAACACCAGUAUUGUAGCAGAAAACUCAGCAUUUCCAGAUAACAAUUAGUUAAAAGAUUGUCUGGAACUACUUUUAGAUGAGAUACGGUAAUUUAUGUUUUAAUGUGCUUUAGAAAUGGUCAAUGUAUGAUCAUUCUGUCCUUUCACUCAGCCUCUCUUGCAUUAUCUUGUCUUCCCAUAUUCAAUAUAAAUAAUUAUAUUUCUGUACAAGUUUUGUGCUUUUUGCACGAAGAGCAGGGUCUAUUGCGUUUUUGUUAAGUGUUGAUGAGUGAGCAGUCAGCCAGCCAGUCUUAAAUGCCCACUGAUUGUCCCUCUAACCCCCCCAAGCACUUGGUUUAUGAGGUUUUAAAGGUGCAUUAUACAGAAAUCGCUCUUCCAUUUCCUGGUUGCUAAAAUUCUAAUAGUUAACCUAAUUUAAGUUUGACAAAACAAGUAAUGUGUAGAGAAUCAUUGUACCAUCUAAACCGCUGUGAAGUAUAUCUUAAAUAACCAAAAGUGUUGUAAUUUCAGCUGGUGUACCAAACAAAGUAAGAUGCAAAAAUGAAACUUUGGUAAGCAGAACACAGAACAGAUCUACUGUUUCUUAGACUUGUUUUCAAUGACUUCUCUAUAACUUAACAUUUCUAUGUGAAUUUGGUCCAAAAAGUUACAAAUUGCAGCUUUGAAAGGAUAGACUGUCCUAUGAUGGUGCUCUUGUAUUUCCACAAGAAAAGGCAUUUCACAAGUGUUAUUUGGGUCACUGGGCGACUCCUAUCCCCUCCUUUUCAGAACCAAGAGGUUAUAGAACUUCUAUAUAUGUAUAUGUAUGUAUAUAUAUAUGUAUGAAAGUUGUAUAGACCAGUGUUUUGCUCUAAUGGUCAGCCUUCAAACAUUUUCUCUGUGUGUGUCUUUCUGAUUGUAGCAAGACAGAUUGUGCAGGUAAAAUCACCUUUCUGCUGUCUACUCAUGAAGAUGAAUCUUCUCUGACACCAUGUUCGGGUUAGAGCGAAGUAAUAAAACGAUAUGGAGCAUAAGUUGUCUCUCUGAACAAUUAAUAAAUAUCUAUAAUUGAAACAA